CUCAUAAGAAAUUAGAAAGCUGUACUUCAUAUUAUCAUUAAUUUGUUUUAGAAGACAUCAAAAAAAUGAGUAUGCAUGGUAAGUUAGAAGCUCAUUUAGAGAUUAAGGCUUCGGCUGAAAAGUUUCAUGAAAUAUUCACUCACAGACCUCACCAUAUUUCCAAUGUUAGCACCGACAAGAUUCAUGGUUGUGAUUUACAUGAAGGUGAUUGGGGCACAGUCGGUAGUAUAGUCUACUGGAAUUACUUUCAUGAUGGAAAGAAAAAGGUUGCAAAAGAGAUCGUUGAAGCCAUAGAUGUUGAUAAAAACUUGAUCAAAUUCAAGGUGAUUGAAGGAGAUCUGAUGGAGGAAUACAAGAGCUUCUCAUUUACUAUCCAAGUUACCCCAAAAGAAAAUGGUGAAGGCAGCACAGUCCACUGGCUUCUGGAAUAUGAGAAGAUAAGUGAUGAAGUUGCACAUCCAGAAACUUUGCUUGAUUUCUGCAUCGACGUCUCCAAGGAGCUUGAUGCUCACCUCAUCGAGCAAGCAUAAUAUGCGUGUGUGUGUGUGUGUAUGUUUGUCUGGGUGUGUGUUUGUGUGUGUGCAUGCCGUGGGUGAUAUGAGGGAACUUAGUUUGCUUAAUCUUUUCUUUAAAUAAAUUAUUAUAAUGUAAAAAAAAUGUGUGGUGUAGUCAUUUUACGUAUUAGGGAGUGGUUCCAUCCAUUCCCGUGCUACUUCCUCGUGUUUGGAGUUUCCUAUCUGCAAGGACUUCAAGACUGCAUGUUUGAAGUCGUUGGUGCUGUAUACACCUCUUUAAUGGGGCCUUAUAUGUAUUGACGUCUAUGGAUUGGUAUA